AUGGGAAGCGCAUUGCUCUGGGUCCUGGCACAGAGAACCAGCACAGUCGGGCCAGAAGAUGACCCUGUGACCCCAGGUGGGGACGAGAACACUUUGCCCCAAGGUGCAGAGAAAGAUGUGGUAACCCCAGGAGCCCAUGAAGAGUCCUACAAGUCUCCUGGCUUGACAACUCUGGUGGCAACAAGCACCAAAUGUUCCCAUUCUGGAGGGACAGAACGUCUAGAAACAGCUUCUGCUAAAAAAUUAACAGAUGUAGGAACUAGAAGAAUCUUUUCUUCAGAGCAUGACAUUUUCCGGGAAAGUGUCAGGAAGUUUUUUCAAGAAGAAGUGAUUCCUCAUCACUCAGAAUGGGAGAAAGCUGGAGAAGUGAGUAGGGAGCUUUGGGAAAAAGCUGGAAAACAAGGUCUGCUCGGUGUCAAUAUUGCAGAGCAUCACGGUGGUAUCGGCGGGGAUUUGUACUCCUCAGCAGUUGUGUGGGAGGAGCAAGCAUAUUCAAAUUGUACAGGCCCAGGUUUUAGUCUUCAUUCAGAUAUUGUUAUGCCCUAUAUUGCAAACUACGGCUCGGAAGAACAGAUUAAGCGCUUCAUCCCCCAGAUGACUGCAGGCAAGUGUAUUGGUGCCAUCGCAAUGACAGAGCCUGGGGCUGGAAGUGACUUGCAAGGAGUAAGAACAAAUGCCAAGAAGGAUGGAAGUGACUGGAUUCUCAAUGGAAGCAAGGUGUUCAUCACCAAUGGGUGGUUAGGCGAUGUUGUGAUUGUAGUCGCAGUCACAAAUCGUGAAGCUCGCUCCCCUGCUCAUGGUAUUAGCCUUUUUCUGGUGGAAGAUGGAAUGAAAGGAUUUAUCAAGGGGCGAAAGCUACAUAAAAUGGGAUUAAAAGCCCAGGAUACUGCAGAACUAUUCUUUGAAGAUGUACGGUUGCCAGCUAGUGCCCUACUUGGAGAAGAGAAUAAAGGCUUUUAUUACCUCAUGCAAGAGCUUCCCCAGGAAAGGCUGUUAAUUGCUGACUUGGCCAUUUCAGCCUGUGAAUUUAUGUUUGAAGAAACCAGGAACUAUGUUAAACAAAGAAAAGCUUUUGGGAAAACAGUUGCCCACAUACAGACGGUGCAGCACAAACUAGCAGAAUUAAAAACACACAUAUGUGUAACCAGAGCUUUUGUGGACAGCUGUCUGCAGCUGCAUGAAACAAAACGUCUGGACUCCGCCUCUGCUUCCAUGGCGAAAUAUUGGGCAUCCGAGUUACAAAACACUGUAGCUUAUGACUGUGUGCAACUCCAUGGAGGUUGGGGGUACAUGUGGGAGUACCCAAUUGCCAAAGCUUAUGUGGAUGCACGAGUUCAGCCAAUCUACGGUGGCACCAAUGAAAUAAUGAAGGAGCUGAUUGCAAGAGAUAUCAUCCAUGACAAGUAGACAUCUGCCCACAUCCUGGAAUCCUAUUACAGCUAAUCUGGUUUUAAACCUACUCAAGAUAAAAUGUAACCUGGAAAGAGGGAAAAACUAAACAUGUUUUUAUAUGUUCUUUCCAUAGAGAAAGAAAUCAAAUAUAAAUAAACUAUUAGCACAAUGGAAGGAGAAAUCUUUGAACCAAAGAUUCUAAAAUUCUCCAACAUGAAAUUUAGCUUUCAAUUUUUUAUAUGGUUAAAAGACAAAGAUUUUCUGAACCUAGAUGCCUUACUGCUUCGUUUACAUCUAAAAUUCUAAACAGGAUAAAUUGCUUAGAUCUUUAAAAUCAGAGCAGAGGUAAUCUUAUGCUGUUAUAUUAUAAAAACAAUAAUACAGCACAUUGACUUUUAAAGGGAAAAGAAAUAAAAAUUUGCAUGUGAAGUCAUUUCAGCUACCUUUUUUAUCCCAAUUCUCUGGGAUAGUAGUUUGCACCACUCUAUCCCAACCACUUGUUUUAAGCAGUGGAUCUUUCUUCCAACAAAAGCUUAUGCAGAACACCUCUGUGAAAUGCUGAUUCAGGAGAGCCGCUCUGGUUGAAGCAGGAAGCCUUCCUACUUGAAACCCUUGGGUCUCAGCCAAGCAUUAACUCCGACCAGAGAAUGCCUUGAUUCUCUCAACUCCUGGUCUUAAUAGAUUUCUUUUGCAGUUGAAUUUAUAGAAUAACUCAUCAUAUUUUAAUUUUAAGACGUUGGUAUAGUUUACAGAUGUCAAAGCAGUGGCUUUUAUUUUGUAGCAGUUAAUAUAUAUUUAUUAAUUUAAUAAUUACUUCAUGUCUUCUAUAAACCAGGCUGUUAAAAAUAUGUUCGCUAGCAAGACUGGCAAGAUCACUGAUUCAUAAGUGAAUAAACAAAUAAGUAGUGAUAGAUAAAGUCAAUAAGUAAAAAAUAAUUUCAAAUCAUAAGCGCAAUAAAAAAUUUGCAUUUAAAUUGGAAAGUGAGGAAAUGACAUUAGCUUUGGGACUUAAAAGUAACGAUUACAAAAUAAGCCAUUUAUUUAUAACUUGUUUUUCUUUGUAUACAGUGGUGAGACACUGAAUAAAGUAGCUUUAAAACGGAAA